UUGCAGAUUUCCUUGUGAAACCUUGUAUGGUAGUAGAAAAAUUCUCAGGACAAACUUCAUUUGAUCUGACCCUAAGAGAAAGAAGAGCCUUGUCAGACACUGAAGAAGGGACGAGGAUCUCUCCUCUUAAACUGGGACUCUUGUCAUGGAUGAAGAGACUCGGCACAGCCUUGAGUGCAUCCAGGCCAAUCAGAUCUUUCCCAGGAAGCAGCUGAUUCGAGAGGAUGAGAAUCUUCAGGUUCCUUUCCUUGAGCUUCAUGGAGAGAGCACAGAGUAUGUGGGCCGUGCUGAGGAUGCCAUCAUUGCCCUUUCUAAUUACAGGCUUCACAUCAAAUUCAAGGAGUCUCUUGUUAAUGUUCCGUUACAACUUAUAGAAAGUGUUGAAUGUCGAGAUAUAUUUCAGCUUCACUUGACUUGCAAAGACUGCAAAGUUAUCAGGUGUCAGUUCUCAACAUUUGAACAGUGUCAAGAUUGGCUCAAGAGGCUGAACAAUGCAAUUCGACCACCUGCUAAAAUAGAAGAUCUCUUUUCGUUUGCAUACCAUGCUUGGUGCAUGGAGGUGUAUGCCAGUGAAAAAGAACAACAUGGAGACCUGUGUAGACCGGGAGAGCAUGUAACGUCAAGGUUUAAGAAUGAAGUGGAGCGGAUGGGUUUUGAUAUGAACAAUGCCUGGAGGAUUUCCAACAUCAACGAGAAAUACAAGUUAUGUGGUAGCUAUCCACAAGAGCUCAUAGUGCCUGCCUGGAUCACUGACAAAGAAUUAGAAAGUGUAGCAAGCUUCAGGUCAUGGAAGCGCAUCCCUGCUGUUGUCUACAGACACCAGAACAAUGGAGCUGUUAUUGCCCGCUGUGGACAGCCAGAGGUCAGCUGGUGGGGCUGGCGAAAUGCAGAUGAUGAGCACCUGGUACAGUCAGUAGCCAAAGCAUGUGCUUCUGACUCCCGAUCUAGUGGCAGCAAACUGUCAGCUAGAAACAGUUCUCGAGACUUUCCCAGUGGAGACCUCUCUGAUGUGGAGUUUGAUUCUUCUCUGUCGAAUGCUUCAGGAGCAGAGAGCUUAGCUACUCAACCACAGAAACUUUUGAUCUUGGAUGCACGCUCCUAUGCAGCGGCUGUAGCAAACAGAGCCAAAGGAGGCGGCUGUGAAUGCCCAGAGUAUUACCCAAACUGUGAAGUUGUGUUUAUGGGAAUGGCAAACAUUCAUUCUAUUCGGAGGAGUUUUCAGUCUCUGCGGUUGCUGUGUACACAGAUGCCAGAUCCGGGAAAUUGGCUUUCAGCUCUUGAAAGUACAAAAUGGCUCCAUCAUCUCUCUGUGCUUCUGAAAUCAGCACUUCUGGUGGUGCAUGCUGUGAAUCGUGAUCAGCGGCCAGUGUUAGUGCAUUGUUCAGAUGGCUGGGACCGAACCCCCCAGAUCGUGGCAUUGUCUAAGCUCCUACUAGACCCUUAUUACCGAACCAUAGAGGGUUUCCAGGUCCUUGUGGAGAUGGAGUGGCUGGAUUUUGGUCAUAAGUUUGCUGACCGGUGUGGUCAUGGGGAGAACUCGGACGAUCUAAAUGAGCGUUGCCCAGUGUUUCUGCAGUGGCUUGACUGCGUUCAUCAGCUUCAGAGGCAAUUUCCUUGCUCUUUUGAGUUCAAUGAAGCAUUCCUUGUGAAACUGGUGCAGCAUACCUAUUCCUGCCUCUUUGGAACAUUCCUGUGCAACAACGCCAAGGAGAGAGGAGAAAAGCAUACUCAGGAACGGACAUGUUCUGUGUGGUCGCUCCUUCGGGCAGGCAACAAGGCUUUCAAAAACCUACUAUAUUCCUCUCAGUCAGAAGCCGUGCUGUACCCUGUGUGCCAUGUGCGUAACCUGAUGCUGUGGAGUGCAGUGUACCUGCCCUGUCCAUCCCCAUCUACUCCUGUGGAUGACAGUUGUGCACCAUACCCAGCCCCAGGCACUAGCCCUGAUGAUCCUCCCCUGAGCAGGCUACCAAAGACUAGAUCAUUCGACAAUCUGACCACAGCCUGUGACAGCACAGUGCCUCUAGCCAGCCGGCGCAGCAGCGACCCCAGCCUGAAUGAGAAGUGGCAGGAACAUCGGCGCUCACUGGAGCUGAGCAGCCUAGCUGGACCUGGAGAGGAGCCUCCUGCUGCUGCUGCUGACACCUUGGGGAAGCCUGGCAAGGUUCCAGGGGGUGCUGAGCUGUCUGUGGCAGCUGGAGUGGCUGAAGGGCAGAUGGAGAACAUUUUGCAAGAGGCCACGAAAGAGGAAAGUGGAGUGGAGGAGCCUGCCCAUAGGGGCAGUGUCAAGAUGCCAGAGGUCAAAGAGGAGGCACCCUUAGUGAAGGAGAGCAGGAUGACCUUGGCUGAGGGCUCAGCCAUUGUAUUUUACCAAGAACCAGAGGUGGAUGAUGCUAUUUUGAGGAGCCCCCCAGAUAGCGCCCUGUCUCUGUUCUCACAGGAUAUUCCUGAGAAGCAGGAUGGGCACAGUGUUCUCAGUUCACUCCAGGCUCCCCCCAGGGAAGAGGAUAUCCAGGAGGCCUCUAUGAAGCAGCCUCAAAUAGGGAGUAUCACAGAGGAUCAAGAGGAUAUAAUUCCUCGCAUCCCAGUGGAUGUUAAAGUUGGCUAUGGUACCUCAUUGUCUAGCUCUCUACUACCUUCCCAAGUCCCAUUUGAGACCAGAGGACCAAACAUGAACAAUCCCAUGAACAUCUUAAUAGAAGACAAGGUAAAGUCAGAAAGUGAGCCCCAAGUCCAUCACAGACCUUGCCCUGUAAUUAGUGGCACGUUUGGUGGCAAGGACAUGCUUCCCGCAGUGCUGGAGCCCAGGCCUGUGGAGAGGAGCCUUGCUGAGCGGCCCCAGGGGGUGUCUGUGGUACAGAGGACUUCCCCCGGCUUCACUGUCAGCCCAACACGGGCCCCUUGUGCCUUGGCUGUAGCUGAAUGUAAAGAGGGGCUUGUGUGCAAUGGUGCCCCAGAGACUGAAAACAAGGCCUCAGAGCAGCCCCUAGUGCUUGGCACCCUUCAGAAGCACCCCACACCCAACGGGCACUGUGCCAAUGGGGAGACUGGGAGGAGCAAGGACUCACUGAGCCGCCAGCUGUCUGCCACAAGCUGUGGCUCUGCCCACUUACACUCAAGGAACUUGCACCACAAGUGGCUGCACAGCCACUCAGGGAGACCAUCUGCAACUACCAGCCCCGACCAGCCUUCCCGCAGCCACCUGGACGAUGAUGGCAUGCCUGUGUACACGGACACGAUCCAACAGCGCCUGCGCCAGAUCGAGUCAGGGCACCAGCAGGAAGUGGAGACCUUGAAGAAGCAAGUCCAGGAGCUGAAGAGUCGCUUGGAGAGCCAGUACCUGACCAGCUCCCUUCGCUUUAAUGGGGACUUUGGAGAUGAAGUGACUUCAAUACCCGACUCGGAAAGCAAUCUGGAUCAGAACUGUUUGUCUCGCUGCAGCACAGAGAUUUUCUCUGAAGCCAGCUGGGAGCAGGUGGAUAAACAGGACACAGAGAUGACCCGUUGGCUCCCUGACCACCUGGCUGCCCACUGCUAUGCGUGUGACAGUGCCUUCUGGCUCGCCAGCAGGAAACACCACUGCAGGGACACUGACCGUGUUGAUCAAACGUGGAAUUGUGGGAACGUAUUCUGCUCCAGUUGUUGUAACCAGAAGGUUCCGGUUCCUAGCCAGCAGCUCUUUGAACCCAGUCGAGUGUGCAAGGCUUGCUAUAGCAGCCUACAUCCCACGAGCUCCAGCAUUGACCUUGAACUGGAUAAGCCCAUUGCUGCCACUUCAAACUGAAGCUUAGUGACCUGAGGUGGGCAGAGGCCAAGCUGCUGUUCCUCUGAGAGGCCCCUGAAGCCUGGGAAGACUGAGAGGCCCAUGCAUUUUGGAAUGGGGCAUGGAACCGCCUGUACAGAGUGACAGAAAUUGGGAUGUGCCACUGGAUUGUAGAUUGAUUUUUCUUUCAGCCCCUCUUCCCUUUUCGGUCCUGCCUCUGCAUUCAAAAAAAGAAAAGGUCCCCAGGUUGUCUUUUUUUUUUUUUUUUAAUGGAAGACCAGAGGUUGCCAGGCCCCCUGUAACUGCUGUCAGGCACACUGAGGGAUGGCAUGAUGCUUCGUGGUGGAGGAGACUGGUCAGAACCAGGAGUAGAGGCCUGAGACAGAGGACAGGAAAGCCAGCCGGUACUAGUAUUUGUGAGCAUUCCUCAUGCCACCACCACAUCAGACUGGUUGGGAAAUCUUGGCGUGAAGAGGCUGGAAGUGUCUUCCCAAGAACACUCCCCCCGUGGCUCUCCCUCCUGAGAGGCUGGGCUCAUCCACCUCACAGAUAUGCAGGCUUGGCAUUUGGAGGGAGCAGCACAUAGCGUAUGGAACCCCAGACUCAUGUUGGGAAGGAAGGUGUGUGCGCUCCGAGGCAAAUGAGGGGCUGGGGAUGGGUGGUCAGCAUGUUGUUCCCCGUGGGAUUCUGUUUUUAACUUGACCCAGAUUGUCUAGGGCUCCCUUCACUUUCAGGGGGCUGUUCCCUGGGUAGGCUGGGUAGUGCUUCCUCAGCCAUGAGUGCACACUGGCCACAGUGUGGUAUCUCGCUGCUGUGGCCAAGGCCUCCCCUGAGCCCAGGCAUACCCAGGAGCCCCAUUCCAGGGUCUGAUGCCCCAGUCAGUCUCUUUUCCUCAGCCAGCACAGGGAAAUCCAGACUCAGGGUUCCAAAAAUUCCCAUUCCCAAACCAAACAAAUCAUAGAUCUCCCAUUUAAUGGGUAAAAUCAGCCUUUAGAGUUAGAAAGGUCCCCACAAAUAAUAGCCUUCCUCCUCCUUCCCUUGGCAGCGCUGGCUGUCAGAGUGAGCCUAUGCCCAAUAUCUGGUGGCCGGCAGCGAAGGGUUAGUUGGUGACUUUGCAGGGUUUCUUAGAGAAGGGACAUGGCUUAGAGGAGGGUACCUGUCCUCAGAUUUCGUGUGGUCCAAAAAGAGCCUUAAAUCAAGAAUAUUUGUGGUGAAAAUGAGUAUGGGGAAGGGUGGAGAGAUGUAUAGGUCUGUGCUCUGUAAGGUUGGCUCCAUGUUUUGUGCCUGCCCUCCCUCUUGGGGAAGGGCUACAUUUGGCUCUACUGAAAAGUGGUGACGGCCUAACCUCAUGGCUAGGAGGUAGGGUGAGGUCAUGGAACGCUUGUCUCAUCCUUCCCGGUACUCCUCUUCCCCUUCGGAAGCAGUUCUCUGGCCGAGGGCUAGCUGUCUCAGGAAGGUGGCUCCUACGUGUCCUUGAGUGUGGUUACACGUGGCCCAGACACCUUCCCUGGCACUGUCAGUCCAGGCAGAUCCCAGAGCGUCUGGAGCAUGACCCCGACUUCCACAACAGCAGAGUCCAUACUUAGAUGGUGUAGUUCUUCUCCACACUACGUGGUCUUGUGCAGGCAGGGAGAAAUCAGUGUAAUUGAAGAUUGUGAAGUUCCUAGUGAACGGUGCCAAGAGGUUAUGAUACGGGUUUCUUGGGUCUGAUGUACAGUGUGAAUAAUGCUUGCAGCUUUUAGCCCUUUUUUGAUCAAUGAAGCACUUUUUUAUUAAUAUUUUUCUUUGUAUGUAAAGGAGGAACCGUAACUCUCCAUAGCUGUACAUAUAACCCUUUUCUCCUAAAGAGGAGUCAGUGCUCCUAUAUUUUUCAUUUUUUGUCAAAGCAAGAAGUAAAUACUUUAGAAUUGUUAAAUAUAUAAAUAAAACAAAUAAAGUUGAGUGUUCUGCAUGGUGGCAUUUGCUAACACGUUCUAAUUCUGUGCCCUUUGUUCCUUUCCUGCUCACAAAGUGGUUUGAGGUGCUGUUGGGUAGCUGAUCUUUGGCAAAGUAUAACGUCAGAUUGUUUUUUUUUUUUCUAGGCCCUGGCAAGGAGCCUCACCAUGAUGCCCAAGCCCUGAAAAACAUUUCCUUAAUUAUUUUGUCCCAAGCUGAAAAAGGGCGAGGCAAUCAAGAACUGCACAUCCGUAGUAAUUAAAAUUACCUCUGACUUCUAAGCUUUUUUGUUUUCUCCUGCUGCUCUGAUUUCAGGGCACCCAGUCCCCUUAUCACCAGCUGAGCACCUGCCUGCAUGCUGUGGGAGCAAGAGGCAGAUUUAGGAGGCAGGAGGUUAGAAAACUCUCUGCCUGCCGUUCUCAGAUGAGCAGAGAGAAGAAUUGGGAGCAGAAACAGAAUCAGAUUGGGAUUGGAUUUUUGUGCACAACUAGUGGCCCCCCUCCCUCCCUCUCUCCAUACAGGGAGGAAGCUCUGCUCUUUAGAUCUCUGACUACUGCUUCUCAUUGAACAAGGCCGUGACAUCUAGUCACUUUUGGACUAGUUCUUGCUCUUAAGAGGUGGGUUUUCUUUCCCUUCCUGUCUGUUGAACAUCCUGAUCUCUUGGUCUAUGACUGAGCUAUAUUAUAUAGUCCUACCCUCAGGAAAGUUGAUGUUAAAUACCACUGGCUCUGAGGUCACCAGCCCAACACCUGUGGUACAUUGGCUGGGCUUUGAAGUGUCUUAUACACACACACCCCUUGGGACAGUCUGUGUAGGGUCACGAUCUGAAUGUACCCUCUGACUAAAGAACUUAAACACUUAAAACAGCUCAGCUGGUUCCAGUCUGAAAGCUGUGGGUGCUGUCUAGCAGGUGUCUGAAAAUAAGCCUGUCUCAGGUGUCAGCUUGGACCCUGCAGUAUGCGAACCCAGUGUUUAGACCAAGUUGUGAAGAAGCUGAGUGUAUGUCAUAGCUGUGUCCACACACAGCCAGUAUUGACUUCUGGGGUCUAACGGUGAUCCGUUUUUCUUUUUUUUUGACACCAGGGAUCGAACUCAGGACCUUGCUCUUGCGAGGCAGGCGGCAGCACCACUGAGCUAACUCCCCUGCCCCUAAUGGUGUACUCCUCACCAAGUUCAAACACUGGCAUGAUCUAGCAGGCUUGUCGGGGGUCCACAAGUGGAAAACUGAACAGCCAGGAUACUAGUGAGACCUGUACUACGUAGCUCAAAGACAGCUGCACUGCGGAAGGUGGUGUUGCGUGGAGGAAGACAGCUCGCUGUGGUCACUGCCAACUUUGUGCAGCUGUCAUGUGGCGGAAUUAGGUCUGAAGCACUGAGGCACAAACCGACCUUGAGCUGCCGGGAUGGCCUUGUCAUCUGAACUUUCCUGUUCUGGCGCUGUAUAAAUAGCCUUGUUUUUAGAUACCUUGGUCUUAAUCCCGGUCCCCGCUUUCCUCAACACAAAAGUGAUAAGUUGCCUGAACGUACUAGGAUUUCCCAUUAAGGAUGUACACAGCAUUUUUUCUGUAUUAAUUUUGCUUAACUUUGCAGGUUAGAAUAUUCUAAGAAUUAAAAUGGUACUGUGACACCUAAAAGAACCAACAAAAACAGUGCCAUAGAAUCUCUUAACCUUAAAAUAUAUUAAAAUAAGAAUCGAGCGUCUAUCGUAGAGUAAGAUUAUGAGUUAUUGUCCUUGAGGUAGCUGAUAUGUUUGCUUGCAUAUGAGGCUAGGAGAUCCUGUCCAUAUCAAAUUAAUUCUAGAUAUUUUAAGGAUAAGGGCUGAUUUGCAGGUGUCAUUGAGGGAUGCCAUUUGUUUGGUGCUUAUUCAGAUAGGAGCCCUCUUUCUGGGGUUGCAGCUGUACCCUCCCAAGUUGCAUUGGCUGAAAGUAGGGCUAACAGCAGAGUUUAAAAUAGACUGGCAGGGCCAGAGGUGUAGCUCAGUGGUGCCACCACCUGCCUCGCAAGCGCAAGGUCCUGAGUUUGAUCCCUGGUACCAAAUAAAUAAAUAAAUAAAUAGAUCAGGCUCUGGAGAAAGACUUGGGAAACAUGGCAGGAAUCCGGCUGUUUUAGUUUCUGGUCACUUUCCCAAGAGUUGAGGUUACUCACAAGAUCUCUGAAGGGCAGGACCAGGAUGUGUGAGGCUUCAGGUCAGGCGUAGGGCAUGGCUGCUCUACAGCCUCUGACACUUAAACGUGAGUCCCACUGUCCCAGCACAUAGCUUGCUGAAGCGCUGCCCCUUUGAGCUAGGUGGAGGUCAUCCACUGCGUUCUGUACAGCUGUCACUAAGAGGCCUGCUCAACAGGGCCAGGCAAGGGAGGGGGCAUCUUCUGAACUGAAAAUUACAGUGUUUUUAAAUGCUGAUAUUGUGUUUUAUUUGCCAUUUAAGUCCUUUUAUAUCUGAGUUCUUAGCUUUUCUUACAGUGGACAUAGCAGUUGAAUUGUGCUUUUUCAGUGAAGUUCUCCAUCAGCAUUUUAAAUUGCCCUUUGCUUUCAAGCUGGCUUUUUAAAAUGAGACUAUAGGCCAUGAGGCUUGGAUGCUGUUGAAAUGUGCUGGGGUGUUGCUGCUGACAGUAGUGCUUGCCUAUUUUGACAGCAUUGAAUCUGCUGUAGCCUCCCUGAUCAGUGAAGCUAAAUAAAUAUGUCACCACUGUCCACUGUUGGUGAGCCCCAGGAUUGGAGUUGUCACUGUGGUUCUCAGUCAGUGCUGUGAGCCACUAUCUUAGGUAUGAAAGAUGAAUUACCUCCGCCUCUUAGUCUAGGAGAAAGGGGCUCAGGAAACAGGGCAGCUCAAGUCAACAUUUGUCUUCCAGAGGCAAAGUACCUUGAAAACUAGAUGUUUAGGUGGAGAGGGACCUUAUAUCAUCUACUUCCCUAGUUUUCACAGUAUUCUGCUGGACCAUUGUGGAGAGGGAGCUCCCAGGCCCAUCAGAGUUUUAUUAGAUUUCCAAUGACGUGUGCUGAUAAGGCUUUGGUUCUUAAAAGCCCCAAAAC